AUAAUAAUAAUAAUAAUAAUAAUAAUGCAUGUUUCUGUAGUUGUACCUUUGAAGAUACAGUUUCAACCUGAAACACAGCAGAUUUUAGGCUAUACAGGAGUUAAUUCAUGCAGAAAUAUAUUAGUUUAAAACGCGACCAGCAAGAACAACAUUUAGAAGAAUAAUUUCCAAGUUUCUCUUCACAAUUUCUUUUAUGAAGGCUUCCACACCUUAUGUUUCCACAAACAAACGACAGACCACAUUUUCUUUUCCUUUUUAUUGGGGCUGGUUACUGUUUAACAUCCCCACCCAAGUUUCAGUUUGUUUAGUGAAUCGAUCUAAUGGCUAAAUCCCGUGACGACAUGGAAUGGGUCUAUUACUGAAUUAUAUCUCACGCGUUAACUCGACACUCUGGUUCCAACAUAUGGAUUUGGGUCUAUGGUGUACAUUAAAACGGGGUCUACAUUUCGAAAGAAAGACAAUAUGCCAACAGAACCAAGUGGUGUGGACCAGGGGGACAGUGGGCUGAGCUCCAACUGUGCCAUCUGUGGGGACAAAGCUACAGGAAAGCAUUAUGGGGCAUCCAGCUGUGACGGCUGCAAGGGCUUCUUCAGACGUAGCAUCAGGAAGAGCCAUGUAUAUUCUUGCAGGUUCAGUCGUCAGUGUGUGGUGGACAAAGACAAAAGGAACCAGUGCCGUUUUUGUCGACUGCAUAAGUGUUUUCGGGCAGGAAUGAAGAAAGAAGCGGUACAGAACGAAAGAGACCGCAUAAGCUGCAGGAGACAUAUGCACGACGCGCAGGACCUACCACCCAUCACGGUGCUUGCACAAGCAGAGUCCCUGUCACAGCAGAUCAGCCUGCCCAGUCCAGCAGUGUCCUCAGAUGCCUCAGAGAAAAGCAUUGCCAACGUAGGAGAUGUGUGCGAGUCCAUGAAGCAGCAGUUGCUGGUUCUGGUAGAGUGGGCUAAGUACAUCCCAGCCUUUGGUGAAUUGCCGCUUGAUGACCAGGUGAGUUUAUUACGGGCACAUGCAGGGGAACACCUUCUGCUAGGAGUGGCAAAGAGAUCAAUGCCUUACAAAGACAUGCUGCUGCUUGGUAAUGGUUAUGUAAUUCCUCGAAAUUGUGAGGAGGCAGAGAUCAGUCGGGUCGCGAACCGUGUUCUCGAUGAGCUGGUGUUGCCCUUUCAAGACAUUCAAAUUGAUGACAAUGAAUAUGCAGCUCUGAAAGCCAUUGUGUUUUUUGACCCAGAUGCCAAGAGUCUCCGUGAUCCUGCAAAGAUUAAGAGCAUGAGGUACCAGGUGCAGAUGAGCUUGGAGGACUACAUCAACGACCGCCAGUACGAUUCUCGAGGCCGCUUCGGCGAGCUCCUCCUCCUGCUCCCCACUCUGCAGAGCAUCACCUGGCAGAUGAUUGAGCAGCUGCAGUUUGUCAAGCUCUUUGGCCUGGCCAAGAUAGACAACCUGCUGCAAGAGAUGCUACUCGGGGGGCUGUCCUCAGAUCCGUCCCACCUUCACCUUCCAGGCCAAACCCAGCUAGCCAAGGAUCCACAGAUGGGACAGACAAUCGUAAUCACCGCUCUGCCACCCUCUGUCCAUGCUGAACAUAUAGCUUCUCCAGAAACACCCACCCCAUCGCCACCACAAGGACAGGGACAAGAGGCGUACAGUCUGGCUACCAGCCCAACACUUCUGCUGUCCACACAGCCAGCCACAAACAGACAUUCCCCUGACCCCACUGUUUGAAUGUCUAUAAUUUGCCUUUCCACAAACUAAGGUUGAGUUUCUAUUUGGAUAAGAACAUAAGAUAUAAACCAUACCUGUGGUUUAUAUGGCUACAACUAAAAUGCAUGUAAUAGAAACAUAAGAUGUAUUUUAAAAACGUUUAAUCAAGUCCAAAACGAAAACUGUUAUGUACACAUCUGCCACUUAGUUAGUUAUACUGUAGUUCCACUGGUAACUGUAGAUGGCAUUAGAGUUCAGAUUCUACAGAGUUGUCUAUUACUAUCACCAAUCAAAAACAUAACUAUGUUAUGACUAUGAUAUGUACCCCUGACCACAAAAAUACUUAGCUAAAUGUAAUGUGCUGCAACUAAUAUAUUUGCAGGAUAAAAAUACUUUUUAUGGGCAUGUUUGUCCUUAGCUAUUAGUUUUGUGAAUCAACUGUUAUAACCUGUUGUUAUGGUUCCUUUUUUUGGGGAUUUCUGAGCUGACAAUUUGAAAGUAAUAGCGUUGUGAUUUAGAACUACAAUGAAUAAAGUACCCAGAUUACUGUGCUGAUACACAAAUAUAAUGCACAGCUGUUAAACAAUACAAUGCUUUUAAUUGCAUAUUUUCUUGUUGUAAAUAUAGAAUAUAUUUUAUUUUAAGGAAACACUUUGUAAAAUAUGCAUAAAACCUUGCAAAGUUAUUGUGUUAUUGUACGUUUCAUAAUUAUACACAUCCUGCGCCAUGUUUCAUUUUAUAUCACCUAAUUGCAAAUAAUCUAAAUUUCUGUAUAGCCUGUCCUUAGAAGUACUGUGGUGUGGGUCCUAUAUAUUUUAUUGCAGAAUAACCUCAUGUUGUGUCUCAUUAUUUUGUAGCACUUCACUUGUGCAUAAAUCAUAACCAUGAUCUUGAGAUGUAUACCUAUGUCAUCUUAAAGAUUUUUU